AUGGCGGAAGAGAGAGAACCGAAGAACCCUAAAACGAGCCACGCGAAGAAGUUGGAUGAUCUUCCGGACCACGUCUUCCUCCACAUUCUCUCCUUCCUCGACACCAAAUCCCUUCUCCGUACCAGCGCCCUGCGGAAAGCAUGGCGGACCUUGUGGAAAGACACACUUACCCUCAAUUUCCACUGCAGCGACCUGCCGGGCUACAUUCAACACGCAGACAACCUUCUCCUCUCCCUCCGCCGCCGCGCCGCCGCCCUGCCGACCACCGUCAGCUUCCACUUCAAGGCCACCAACUCGCUGGCGGUGCCCAGCCUCGUGAUGCGACACUACGACGUCGUCUUGCCGGGGCGGCGGCUUCAGGAUCUGUCCGUCUCUGCUCAGGUUGACGGAGCGGAUUUCUUCUUCAUCGGCGACCUUCUAAAAAAGUCCUCCCUAGAGACUCUCCGGCUGUCGAGAUGGGUUUUCCGAGCUCCCGCGUCUCCCGAGUUCAUCUCGCUGACGAGAUUAACAACCAGAUUGAACUGA